AAAAGGAUGAGGCUCCACGCCUAUGUCAUUACGUUGAACAUGUGUGGCAUUUAUAUUUUGUUCCGUUUAGUGCAAUCCCAAACUUGUGAAAGAGGAUUCAUGGGAUCUGGAUGUAAUUUCAAAUGCAACAGUGAUUGUGUUAGCUUGGAUAACUGCAAUCCUGGAUAUUUUGGGCCUUUGUGUCAGUACCUGGAUUUAGUGCUAGGUAAUAGUGCCGUCUACACGGAUCGCAGCUCCAAGACAUGUAAGACAUUCAAUAAUAUGAGCGAAGUGACUAUCCCUAUGACAGUUCGAUUUUUUUCUUUCAUUAAGCUGGUCUUUCUCUACCCGGUCGAAGAUCUAAACAUUCGUGUCGAGUUUCAAAGAAAUGGUUCUGACAAUACUUUUAGUUCGUGCCCUGGCGUAGGCAAAGAAACCAGAAACUACUAUGACAAUACCUCAGUAGACAUAUACUGCAUGACCAUCGGUGAAGUGGCGAAUGUGAAACUGAAAUUCGGAGACACCGUCUACCUCUGUGAAGUUUAUAUCAGUGGCGGUCGAAACUUGGCAUUGAGGUCUUCCACUUCUGGAUCGACCCUGAGAUCUGGUUUUAGAGACUCCUCUUUUGCGGUGGAUGGAAGACGACCGACCACCACAGGCUUGAUCAGUGACGAGUGCUUUGCUACUGUUUUCUUUUUUGAUAGUAAUCAGAGAUUCACAUUGGUAUUCGCCACAGCAGUCAGAUUAUUCUACUUUCUAAUAUUUAUAAAACCUUCAGACAAUAAACAGAUGAGCAGAUUUGAACUGCAAACGUUCGACUCAAAUGAUGUUCUCGUGAUGCGAUACCAGGAACCUCUAACUAUUGUUCCAAACUUGACAUUGGUACCCCAUACUAAUACCAGUAUUGCGAUCAAAAGAUUGGCCGUGACAGUAGCUCAAGGUAGUCGAAUUGUUUUAUGUGAGCUCGAAGCUUAUGGCGAUUGCAUUGACCAGAAGUACGGCCUGGCCUGUGAGUCGUCUUGCUCGAAAGCGUGUAACAAUAGCCUUUGUAACUUGGCCGGACGCUGUCUUGAGUGCCCACCUGGGAAGUACGGACCUAUUGCAUGUGACUUUUCUUGUUCCCCAAACUGUAUAGAUAACACUACUUGUUAUCGCAAUGGUACAUGUGUAGGGGGGUGUAAACAGACACACUACGACCCAAAAUGUUUGACCAAAUGCGACCGUAAAGGAUGUGACACCAAAGAAGGCUGCCUGAUAGAUGGCACGUGCAACAGUUGCCUGCCUCGAUUUACGGGACCUACUUGCGAAGGCAAAUGCCCUAUCAACUGUGGAGGCAAUUUCUCAUGCGAUAAACUACAAGGGAAUUGUAUAGAUGGUUGUAUGGACGGAUUUUAUGAUUUUUCUUGCACUACAACAUGUGAUUUUAGAUGUGGGGGAACUCAGAAAUGUGAAAUUGUGAGUGGGCUCUGUCUAGACGGAUGUCAAUCUAAAUACUACGGGCCUAGGUGUCUACAAUAUUGCCCAGUUAACUGUGGUGCAAAUGUGACUUGUAAUAAAGUUACUGGAAACUGUGACAAGGGGUGUAAGGAUGGGUAUUAUGGUGAAAGGUGUCAAUACAAUUGUCCAUUAAGAUGUCGACAACGCUGCGACCAAGAUGCGAAGUGCGGUAAAGGCUGCAGCCCUGGUUACACGGGCACUGACUGCGUUAAAAGAUGUCCAUCAGUUUGUGGUGGACUCUCAGCGUGUCAUCAAAUAACAGAAGAAUGUGAACAGUGCAAGUCUGGAUUUUACAGCAGAAACUGCUCGCUAAAAUGUAUCAACUGUGGCAAGGACGAGUCAUGUGACAGGGUAACAGGACGAUGUAACUUUGGCUGCGCCGCGCAAUUCUACGGAGAAAAUUGCGUGAAAGAGUGUGACAGAGCCUGUGAGGUUUGCAGAAACGAUUCUGGAGAGUGUACAAUAUGUCAACCUGGUUACUAUGGUAACUGUAAACAAAAUUGUCGUAACAUUUGCAACAAUACACUUAGAUGUGAUAAAAUCUACGGCUACUGUCGACUGACGUGUGGAAGCAGAAAAUACGGCAAAGAAUGCAAAGAUGCCUGUCCUUUGAUGUGUGGUGCUGAUGGUAACUGUCACAAAGAAACAGGCGAGUGCCUUGAAGGAUGUUUACCAGGCUAUUACUUAGCAGACUGCACUGGGAGAUGUGACAAAAAUUGUGCUAACGUCUCGUGUGAAGUGCAUACAGGGAAGUGCAUUGCAUGUCCGGACGGAUGGGCCGGAGUUGAGUGUGAGAAACGCUGUCAAAACUGUAUAGACAAUGUAUGUGACCAAGAUAGCUUGCAGUGCAUCAGAGGAUGUAUAGGUGGUGACUGUGUAGAAGAAGAGAAAGGAUCCAACGCACUCUUAAUUAUGGUCACAGUUCUCUUCGUCAUGAUUCUUCUCUACGUGAUUGUCACAUUGGUGCGGGUUAAACAUCAACAUUUGAACACAGAAUGAUUUCCCCAAUCAACGCAUUCCCUGAUGAAAAAAUUGUGAUCAGCCUUUAAGUCUGGACUCGACAUAAAGACAUAAUAGAAAGUGUUAAGAAAAAAAAGAAUUAAUUGUAAAGAUUCAUCUGUUUCUAUGUGCCGCAGUAAAGAAAAAUGCAACUGUGCUCAUUUUGAAUGUAACAAAGUCUACACACACACACACACACACACUCAAACACCCCCACUUACAUACUCACAGACUUAAGCAUGCUUACACACACACACACACACACACAAUGGUAGUAAAUCUGUUCUGUCACUUUUGAUAAUGUUGCUACCCUAAGAUAGUAUGACUGAAAUAUUUUGUAUUGGCAUAUAGAACUCAAUCUCUCUGUUUCUUUGUUUAUCUCUCUGUCUGUAAUGUAAAUAUGCCCUUUGAUUUGUUCCCAGGCCUUUGAUAACAUGUCAUAUCUACUACCUUUUACGAUAAGUUAGAAUGACCUGCUUUGUAACGCCUUCUGACACAAACACAUACUAUUGGCCUGUCAAGUUUACAAUCACCUUUCUCUUUCUUCCUUGCACCACACCAUUAAAAAAUAACAUAUAUAUAAAAUUCUUUUUUUUUAAAUUCUAUAUAAAAUCAGUGGAUAGGCUAAAAGAUGCUGUUUGACCAGAAAACCCUAAACCCUUUAACUUUGCAUCUUGCGCAUCGUAACGAUCUCCCGCAUAGACUUUUGACCCGUGAAUUAUUUUUCCUUUUCUCACUAACGAACAUGUCAUCCUAAAUAGACUAGUAACUGAGAAACACAUAAUUAAAUCCUUGUCGUGGGGUAUAUAGUCGAAUUAGGUGCUGAUGAACAUUUUGUUUUCUUGUUUCUGUUACAUAAGUAUACAUAAGUAUACACGAGUCUCCAGCAUUGAUUUUUUACUUUAAAAAGUGUCAUAUAAAAUGCAUUGACUUUUAAUUCUGCUGGUUUACAUUGCUAAUAU